CCGGUCGAGGUUGACAGUGAGGACACUUCCUGAUGCUGGCAGCCGGGUCGAGCUAGGCCAGCUAACGUAUCUGAUUUUCACGGUUUGGGGAAACCUGUGAAAUACAGCGUGGUCAAGUCGUCUGAUUCAGCGGUGGGAGCAGAAGAGGUCAGGCAGCACCAUGAACGGCCAGCUGGACCUGAGCGGGAAGCUGAUCAUCAAAGCCCAGCUGGGCGACGACAUCAGACGCAUCCCGAUCCACAACGAAGACAUCACUUACGACGAGCUCGUGCUGAUGAUGCAGCGUGUCUUCAGGGGGAAGCUGCAGAGUAACGACGAGGUGACCAUCAAAUACAAGGACGAAGAUGAUGACCUCAUUACCAUCUUCGACAGCUCUGACCUCUCCUAUGCCAUCCAGUGCAGUAGAAUACUCAAACUGACUUUGUUUGUGAAUGGUCAGCCGCGACCUCUGGAGUCCAGUCAGGUGAAGUACCUGCGCAGGGAGCUCAUUGAGCUCAGGAAUAAAGUCAACAACCUCCUGGAUAGCUUGGAGCCCCCCACGGAGCCUGGUCUGGCUGCUACAGCACCGGACAGUGACUCCGUGGACGGACGUGAAGGCAGAGUGGUGCUGGCGGACCACACGCUGAAACAGGCCCCUCCGGUCAGCGCGGCCAGCAUGUCGGCUUUCGACCCGUUAAAAAACCAGGACGAGGUCAGCAAGAACGUCAUCUCCGCGUUCGGCCUGAGCGAGGACCAGGCCUCAGCUCCUCCAGCGGUUGCACUAGAGGAGCGCUCGGGAACCCCUGACAGCAUUGCCUCCUCCUCGUCUGCAGCCCCUCAGCCAGUGGUGCCCCCCCAAACACAGGCUCCCUAUGCUGGAGUGCAGCAGGGACCCCCAGCUGCCAUGGAUGGCCAGGGGUAUCAGCAGUACCAGGCUCCAGGGGGAUACCCGCCUCAGCAGCCAGGCGCCCCGCCUCAGCAGCAGUACGGUCUGCAGUACUCUGCAGGAUACAGCACUCAGCCUGGAGCCGCCCAGCCGGGCCCGCCACAGCCACAGCAGUUCCAGACCUACGCUCCUCCCUCCUCCCAGGCUCCGGCCUCCGUUGCAGCUGCGGCUCCGGCUGCGGCUGCGGCUCCGGCUCCGGCUCCGGGCUUCCAGGGCGGCCAGCAGCAGCAGCCCCAGCAGCCGCAUCCAACUCAGGGAGCCCAGCAGUAUCCGCCAGGCGCCUUCCCUCCCCAAAACUAUACCUCUCAGGCCUCCCAGCCUGCCAACUACAGCCUCCCCCCCAGCUCCCAGCCCGGCGCCGGAUACCAGUCCCGCCCGGGCUACACCCCGCCGCCGGGCAACACUGUCACCCCUCCGCCGGGCGCCGCCAACCCGUACGCCCGCAACCGACCCCCUUACGGCCAGGGCUACGCUCAGCCCGGCCCCGGGUACCGGUAAAAGAGGAUAGCGGAUGUUACUGAUCCACCCCCCUCCCCCACCCACCCACCCUAACCCCUCCCCUAUGUGUGUCUCCAACGGUUUUGCGUGGGUGCAGGAGACAUGGUUCACGGCUCUGCAUUCCCACACUGCCCCGGAAGAAUAUCAAGUCCAAAUAUGAAGCGACCCCCCCCCCCCCUCCCAGUCUGAUGGUGAGUGUUUGUAUGCUGCCUCUCCAGCACCACCACCAUGAGGCUCUGGUGUAUGCGCCCCCCCCCCCCCCUCCCCACCACUACUGUCCGCUCUUCCCUCUCGUGUCCGUCACAAUGUUCUCCGUCUGUGCGCACACGCCUCGGACACCAAAAAUGGGCUGUCGCACAAACCGUUUGUCGUCGUCGUCAUGGUAACGCUUCACAAGCGACAGAUCGGCGUGCGCACGCGUGACGACGACGACCGCCGUCAACAAGACACUAUCUAAAUGAAAACUCGCCCCCUUCCGUUGUUGUUUUGUUGUUUUCUUGAUUUGAUCAAUUCCACCACCAUGUCGGUAUUAAUGACGUGUCAAUGAAACUGCCCCAUGUUGGGAGAACUGGUUUAAGUGAUGGCUUCUGGGAGGCGUCGGCCCCACGGUGUCAUGAAGAAGGCUUCUUUUGGUUUCGCUCGUCGUCUCAUCUCCAGUAAAGCUCGCUGUUCCUCUUUAACCCAUCACUGGUUUUUACUAAUAAAUCAAAUUACACCCUCGAGUGAGAUUAGUUGUUCAUGUAUGAACUGUAACUUUUUUUUUUCUUCUCGAACCUAAUAAAUGAUUGAUACCC